AUGAAAGCGAGGGAAAUGGUCGCAAGGAUGACGGGGCAUGCGGGGAAGCUUGGCUUGCCCCGAGAAUGCAUCCACAUUGUCGCGUCCUACUUGGAUCACUUGGCACUGCAUGCGAUGGAGAUGACGUGCCGUACGUUCUUCGAAAGUGGCAUCCACGGAGCGUAUUGGAGAAUGAGUGCAUUGCGUGAAGCGGUUGUGAUUCCCACCGAGCACACCAUGGAUUGGAAGACACUGGCAUGCUCUUGUGUCAAUUUGGAUGCACAGCAGACCGCUGGGCUCCUCGGUAACGUCGUCGGCGAUUGCGAUAUGAUCAUAGCGUUCUCGUCUGUCGACCGACCACGUGAAGAAGGGGCCAAAAACACGUUACGAGUGUCACGGUGCUUUCGGCGGAUGCGAGCGCGCAGCGAUGACGGCCCCCAACAAGCCCUGCUCAAUUACACAUUGCAAACCCUCAUCUGCGGAUGCUCUCAAGGCGAUUGCUACUGGAGCAGCGCACCUUCCGCGUCGGAGAUCCAAGACGACUACAUUGACUACACACUUGUCGAUCGAUGCAUUAUUCGCGCGAUAGACAUCGUGCCGUACAAGGCAUUUUGGCAGAUGGGCGAGCCAGGGUAUGCACCGAUGAAGGUGUCCAUCUCGUUCUUUACCCCUGGGGAUUCGUCGAAUGCAGACCGAUGCAUGUAUUACACUUCUCCUUCCUUCGACGUCGUCAAUCGAAUGGAGAUGCAAACGUUCUUCCUGCCAAGGCUUGUUCUCGCCCAGGCAAACACGCAUGUCCGCGUGAACUUCCAUGGCAAGCAACAGUUCGAAUACGUCGACGCGGUGGACUACCCGCGGCGCUACUUCUGCUGCAUCAGCCAUGUCGGUGUCAACGGAAUUUUGUUGCCCUUGAACGCAGAAUUGCAUUGACCAAUGAAAAAUCAAAAGAACUUCUCUCUGA